GGGUUUCCGCUCCUUUUCCAAGUAAGUAGCAGCACAAAGACUAAAACUAAAGAGAGAACUCAUAAGGGGACAGCUUUUAACCCGAAGAGGAGAGAGGUAGGGAAGGACGGAGGGCUCUGCAAACUCCUACCGCGCGAAUAAAUUCGGGAUUUUCCUUUGUUAAGCAUUUUCCCAGGAAGAGCGGCGUGGCUCUGUCCCCUCUCGUGAGUCUUCUGAUUGUAUCAUGCAGCAGGUAACGAUGCCAUUGUUCCCUCCAGAAGCUGAAAUGGACACAAUAUCUCAUUUCUCUACAAAUUGCAUUUCCAAUGGAGACCUGGAGAAGGAGCCUUGUAAUACUACUGAGAAGGAGAGGAAGUGGAUCAGACCUGACAUCCCAAGCAAAUGUACCUGGGAGCUUGGAAAAUCAUCUUCUGAAUCACCACAUCGUCAUGUUACUAUCUCAAAGACUCCUAACAUUAUGCCUGACAUCUUGAAGAAAAUUGGCAACACUCCCUUGGUGCGAAUCAACAAGAUUGGCAAGCUCUUUGGACUUAAAUGCGAACUUUUAGCAAAAUGUGAGUUUUUUAAUGCUGGAGGAAGUGUGAAAGACCGGAUCAGCCUAAGGAUGGUGGAAGAUGCUGAAAGAGAUGGGAUUUUGAAACCUGGAGAUACUAUAAUUGAACCAACCUCAGGAAACACAGGAAUUGGAUUGGCUCUGGCAGCUGCGGUGAAGGGCUACCGCUGCAUCAUUGUGAUGCCAGAGAAAAUGAGCAUGGAGAAGGUUGAUGUGCUGAGAGCUCUUGGGGCAGAAAUUGUGAGGACUCCAACUACUGCCAGAUUCGACUCUCCAGAGUCACAUGUUGGGGUGGCAUGGAGACUGAAAAAUGAAAUCCCCAAUGCUCACAUAUUGGAUCAGUACCGCAAUGCCAGUAAUCCCCUGGCACAUUAUGACACCACAGCCGAGGAGAUCCUGCAGCAGUGUGAAGGGAUGGUAGACAUGGUCAUAGCUGGAGCAGGCACAGGUGGCACCAUCACUGGCAUUGCCAGAAAACUAAAAGAAAAAUGCCCUGAAUGCAAAAUUAUAGGUGUUGAUCCUGAAGGAUCCAUUCUUGCAGAGCCUGAAGAAUUGAAUGUCACCGACAAGUCAACUUAUGAGGUGGAAGGGAUUGGAUAUGAUUUCAUCCCUACAGUUCUGGACAGAUCACUAGUAGACAAAUGGUAUAAAAGCAGCGAUGAGGAAUCUUUUUCGUUUGCACGGAUGUUAAUCCGAGAUGAAGGACUGCUGUGUGGUGGCAGCUCCGGCAGUGCCAUGUCUGUUGCUGUGAAGGCAGCCAAACAGCUGAAGGAGGGCCAGCGUUGCGUUGUCAUCCUUCCAGACUCUGUCAGGAACUACAUGUCCAAGUUCUUGAGUGACAAAUGGAUGACUCAGAAAGGUUUCAUGAAAGAAGAGGAUGACAUCAUUAACAAACCCUGGUGGUGGCACUUGAAAGUUCAAGAAUUAUGUCUCUCUGCCCCACUAACGGUACUACCAAGUGUCACCUGUGAAAAGACUAUUGAAAUACUUCGAGAAAAGGGAUUUGACCAAGUUCCUGUUGUUGAUGAAUCUGGUGUAAUUUUGGGCAUGGUUACCCUUGGCAACAUGCUUUCUUCAGUGCUUGCUGGUAAAGUGCAGCCAUCAGACCAAGUCAGUAAAGUAAUCUACAAGCAGUUCAAAAAGCUCUCAUAUGAAUCAUCAUGCAAAAUGUAUAGUGUGAUUCAUCUGCAAGACAACUUGGGGAAGCUGUCUCAUAUCUUGGAAAUAGAUCACUUUGCUCUAGUGGUACAUGAACAGAUUCAAUAUCACAGCGAUGGAAAAUCCAGUAAAAGGCAAAUGGUAUUUGGUGUUGUUACAGCAAUUGAUUUGCUUAACUUUGUGACUGUCCAAGAACGGCAAAGAAAAGCAAUUUAAAUUCAAGCUGCCUCAGUGGUUUUUAAUGUUUUUUUUUAAGUCUCAUUUCUUUUUCCCUCCAUUUAUAUUAGAGCAAGCUUAAAAUUUCUGUUUCAAACAUUUUUACCUGGAUAUUUGUCAUAACUAAGACUUUGUAAAAAUUUGAAGACCAUAGUGAAUAUUAGGCAUAAACCAGUGCAGGCCUGAAAUACUUGAGAGGGGGAUUCCUUCCCUCGCCCCUUUCCUGCUGGGCCUGUGCCCAAUUCAACUUCCUGACCUUCAUCUCUGCUGCUGAUAGUUGGUGGGGGUUAAUAUUUCUCAUUAGAAUAGGCUGAAAAUGCUGGAGGAUCUAGACAUCAGACAUAUAUAACAGCUGGUGUGAUCAUACCAUUGAGAUCUAGGAUGGUGUCUGCAUGGGGUCCUCUUGAGACAUCCUGUUCUUAUUACCACACAUGCAACCCAUCUUGCAACUGGUUCUCCCAAAUACCACUUCCUUGGGGUUACACGCGUUGGAGGCACAAUGCAGUCUUAUUCCUUUUCCAGUCUGAUUGAUGUAUUUUGUACUGCAGAUAAGUAACAUACAGCUGAGUCUAAAUAUUACCUUCCAUAUGUGAGAGCCCUGCAUUUAAACUUGCUCAAAUGCCAAUAUGGAAAGUAGCAGAGUGGGAAAUUAUUGUGUACAUGCAAUAUGCAGGGUACUCUACAAACAUUUUCUUUGACAACUACUAAGUUCUGCCUUCAACACCAACAGAAGGAACCAAUAUCCUAUAAGCCCAGCAGAUGUGCCACCUGUCAUGACUGGAGUAAAUCCUACUAAAAGUUAUUUCUAGUCACAGAGUAACAAAAUAUCAAUGAUCUCUUCAUUGCUCCCCUUCCCUGGCUUCCAGUUAUUAGCUCUUACUAGAUACUUGAUAUCCUCUUCUUGUAUGGCAGCCAAAAUGUAUGAUAUUUGAAUUGGAGAGGGGAAAGAAUUACCAAUAUAGAGCAAAAGCAAAAAUGGGAAAACAUUUUCCCUUGAAGAAAAAGUAUGCAUUUUAUCAUCUACACUAGUGAAAGGAUAAUUUGUUUGGCACAGUUUUACAUUCCUGGACUUUGCUUGUAAGGGAACUGGAUCACUAGAAACACACAAAGACACUGUAAAUUCUCCAUUGUGUUGCAUUCUUGACUUUGCCUAAUUUGGUUAAUGGAAUAUGGAGUGCCAAAUGUAUUCCCAUAUUUGCAUUUCUCUGAAGAUCAGACAUUUACCAAAUAUAUACUCCAUUUUUAAACCAAAGAUUAUAUGCUGAUUCUUCAUGUGUGUGCUUUUAUACUGUAUAGUGUCAGGCUUUAUGUACGCUGCUAUUGAAUUUCUCAUUACUUUGCACAUGAGUAAGAUAAAAUGUUACAUUGUGGAGUUAUUUUUAAUUACAUUAAUGUAGAGGUACUGGAAACACACUUUAUUUUUUAUGGAGAAAAAUUUAAUUUAUUAAUGAAACUUAUGUAGUUUUUCCUCUUGUAGUUUCCUCUAAGUUUUGUUGGAGGAUUUAAAGACAUUUCUAACUAUACUUUUUUGGUCACAGCAGUGCUUAUGUGCCAUGGCAGAAAACUAUCGCUGCCACAAUCCAGUUAAGUGUGCUUAUGCCCAUUGAUUUCAUAUGUGGAACUCUUAUUUGUACACAAAGGUCACCACUAGGUGCCAUCUUAAUGUAAUGGAUACAACACUGUCUUGCUUGUUGCAGACAUCAUCCUUGGCACCACACAUUUCCUUCAGUAUUCUGAAUCUCAUCACACAAAACAACCAUUUCAGCCUCUAUAUUAUAAAGGGGGGAGGGAUUCAGUGGAUUCCCCCUCCUCAUAUUUGUCCAAAAUACAGUAAGAGCUAAAUAAAAAUGUUUAUUUCUGACAAA